AUGAGUCCACCACACAGCCUAUUUAUGAAGGAACGUUUCAUUCGAUUGUUUGUAAAGCAGGGUUUUCGUGAAAGCAGUGACCAUAACAACAUGAUGUUUGGAAAAGCAUCCUCGUUGGAACAUGAACAACUCCGUCAAUCUGCUUUUCUUGCUGUAGUGAUUUCAACUGCUGCCGUAAUCACUUCUAUUAUCACUUUACCAAUGCUGUACUCAUUUGUUGCUACUUUUCAGAGCCACUUGUUCCGUGAAAUAGAAUACUGCAAGGCAAGAACAAGGGACAUAAACAUAAAAUUUUCAUUGCUAAGCAUUGAAGAUGGUGACAUUGUGAAUGACCGGAAGAAACGACAAUAUAGCAGUUACGGGAUCAAUUCAAUUGGACCGUCCUUCCCAACCCACCUUGAUCAAUAUCCACAUUUGCCUCUUAAGGCAAACUAUAAGCCGUCGCAGAAUAAGUGCCGCUGCUCCUGUCAGCAAGGACCAGCAGGUCAACCAGGAGCUCCUGGUGAUACUGGUCCUCCUGGUAUCGAUGGUAUACCUGGCAGAGACGGUAACAAAGGACGAGAUGCGAAAUUACUUUUUCCAACAGAAAAGGAGGAUCGUUGUGUUAUCUGCCCAGAAGGCCCACGUGGACCACCAGGGACACCCGGUCUUAAAGGACCCAAAGGACCAAAAGGCGCACCAGGCAAAAAUGGUGCAGACGGUGAAGAUGGACGACCAGGUCUGCAAGGUGCAAAAGGUCCUGUCGGUGGUAUGGGGAAAGUUGGUCCUAAAGGCGCACGUGGCAACCCGGGUAUCUUAAUCAAAGUAGAGACAUCCCAAGGACGCGGCUUCAAGGGAAGGAAUGGUCCACCAGGAGGUUACGGACUGCGAGGCAGACCAGGCCGUGAUGGCAAGUCACCUGAUGGGGCAGCUGGUCCACGUGGCAAACCGGGCUUAGCUGGUAAACCCGGAAGACAAGGGAGUGCCGGACCACCAGGAGCGCAAGGUGGAUCUGGCGAACACGGGGACUGCCAACAUUGUCCGAAGGCACGAUUGCCGCCCGGUUACUAG